AUAGUAGCCUAGUGCAAGCGCACUGUGAAAGUUGGAAGAAAAAACGGCUGAGCGCUUGGCUGGUCUUACAGAAAAAGGCAGCCUCGCCUCGGAUAAAGUUCAGCUUGGGAAAGUUUUUUGCAUCAACUCCAAAGUUUCCGAAAAUUUGUGUUACAUUUAGCCGACGGACCGACGCGAGCGCAGAGUUUGUAUGCACGGGAACGUGCGCUAUUUUACCAGGAUUUUCAAACAGGAUAAAUGGCAAGUUGAACGUGCGAGUCCACUUGCACCCUACAAGAGCGAAAAACGAAGACUUAACUGAAAAGGUAUACGGAACCGUAGAAUGGUGGAAUUCUUUGUUGGAAAAAACUAAGGUGUGAAGCUGACCUGCAUGGCGUUUUGGAUAUAAGUGAUUCCAGAAGGGGCGUUGGAUCAGCCAGGGACUGAGCGACUCCGACCGAAACGCGUUCAUCAGGUGGAGUGCAUAGGAAUGAGAGAGUGACUCCUCACCAGCCCAGUCAUCAGCACACACCAGGGAGCAGAGGUGACAUGCCUCUUGGACGCCAAGUUGGAAACCAAUGACUCAUUGCCAUGCCUGGUGGGAUGGGGGUUGUUUCCUGUGUGCUGGUGGCCUCCCUGUUCUCCACCCUGUGCUCCAGCCUGGCGCGGGCCUCUGAGCCGUACCCCACCUUCCGUCGCAACGACACCCUCUUCGAGCACCUGGCGCUGCACCCCGACGCCGCGCUGGGCCGCGUCUACCUGGGCGCCCGCGACCGCCUCUUCCAGCUGUCCGCCGGCCUCGUCCUGGAGGAGGAGGAGAGCACGGGCCCCGUGCGGGACAGCCGCGACUGCCUGCCGCCCAUCACCGAGCUCAACUGCCCGCAGGCGCGGCCCACCAGCAACCACAACAAGCUGCUGCUGGUGGACCCGUACGGCGGGCAGCUGAUCACCUGCGGCAGCGUCAACCAGGGCAUCUGCGAGAAGCGCAGCCUGGACUCGGUGCGGAGGGUGCUCUUCACGGCCGAGCGGCCCGUGGACACGCAGUACGUGGCGGCCAACGACCCCAACGUGACCACGGUGGGCCUGGUGGUGGCGGGAGGGCCGUCGCGCGGCGGCCGGCAGCCCGUGCUGUUCGUGGGCCGCGGCUUCACCAGCAGCCACCCGCCCAUCUCCACGCGCAACCUGGCGGCCGAGCCCGUCUUCUCGUACGAGGACACGGCCAAGCUGGCGGUGGCCGGCCGCCUCUCGGAGUACGACCACCACUUCGUGGCGUCGUUCGCGCACCGCGCGCACGUCUACUUCCUCUUCUACCGCCGCGACCUCAAGUCGCAGUCGCGCGAGUACCGCACGUACGCCUCGCGCGUCUGCCUGGACGACGCCGCCUACUACUCGUACGUGGAGGUGCCGCUCAGCUGCCGCUCGGCGGCCGGGAAGAACUACAACCUGCUGCAGGCCAUGCGCGUGGGGCUGCCCGGCGACGCGGGCACCAACGCGGGCACCAGCGCGGGCGAGGCGUCGGAGGUGCUGCUGGGGGUCUUCUCCACGCGCUCCACCUCGUCCAGCCGGCCCAGCGAGGACUCGGCGCUGUGCGUCUUCUCGCUGGACGAGCUGGACCGGCGCAUCAACGCCACGCGGGACCUCUGCUACACGCAGCACGGCCGCGCCGAGAACGGCGCCGAGGCCGCCUACAUCGAGUACGACGUCAAGUCCAACUGCGCCAACCUGCCCUCGAAUACCCUUGAUGCUUACCCUUGCGGCUCAGACCACACCCCUAGUCCAAUGGCGAGCCGGGUCCCGGUGGAAGCUGAGCCCAUAUUGGACAGUCCGUCCGCCCGUCUCACUGCCGUGGCCGUCAGCGUGAGGGCGGGACACACCAUCGCCUUCCUGGGAGACUCCAAGGGCAACCUGCACAAGGUGUUCCUGGGCCCGAAUGGUGAGGUGGAGGAGUACUCAGUCAUCACUGUCCAGCCCAAUGUCCCCAUCAGCAGCGAACUCGUGCUUGACCAGUCCGAGGAGAACCUCUACGUCAUGACCCACACCAUGUUGGAGAAGAGGCCCGUAGCGGAGUGCCAUCAGCACACAGACUGCCAGUCCUGCCUAUUCGCCCACGAUCCCUACUGUGGCUGGUGUGUACUGGAGGGAAAGUGUGGCCAGCGUUCGGCAUGUGCUCGUGGGGCACAGGAGGGCCAGUGGCUGUGGAGCUUUGACAUGGAGCAGCAGUGUCUGAGUGUGCAGACCCUCCAGCCCUCCAACAUCAGCCGCGAGGAGAAGAGGACCCUCUCUCUGUCCAUCCCUGGUCUUCCUCGUCUGGAGCCGGGCGAGUCCUACUCCUGCUACUUCCAGGAGAACUCCAGCCCCGCCACCAUCACAGACGACGGCAUCACCUGCUCCUCACCCGACGCCAGCAAGGUGCCCGCCGUGCCCCCACGACAAGAUUUUGUCACGGUCACCCUAUCGGUGCGUUUCGGAGAUGUGGUGGUAACCUCCAAGGAGUUCACCUUUUAUGACUGCAAGGCUGUCAAACAGCUGUCCGGGAGUAUGCCUUGCCGUGGCUGCGUGCUGAGUCGCUGGAGGUGUAACUGGUGUGUCCACCAGCACGUGUGCACACACAAGCCCUCCUGUGACGAAGGACUCAUCAUUUACAACGAACAUUUCAUCCCCCCCACCUCAGUACUGCCAACGAGUCAGCUGGUCAUGGUCACCACCCCCACCACCACCCUGACCACCCCAACCCCAACCACCAAGGCCCCCACCCAGCCCCCCACCACCACCCCUCCAACCACCACCACCACCACCACCACGCUGGAACCCACCACGCCGGCCCGCACCACCACCGCUGCCACGACCCAGGAGCCCACGUUGGCCCCCACCACCACCACCACCGAGGCGCUGAUGCCCGCGGCAGACCCGACCGCCUCGCUGCUGCCCGAUGCCCAGACGAUGCCCGUUCUGGAGGAGACCACCUCGGAGGAGCUGGUGCUGGAGACCGAGACCGAGGCCGAGGCGCAGAGCGAGACGCACGUCGCCGUGGUGACCGUGGCCGACCUGCAGGUGGUCGUCGUGGAGACGGAGGCGCCGCCGGUCACCGAGAGGCAGGAGGUGAUUGCUGAGGAGGAGGAGGAGGAUGAGGUACCCCUCGCCCUGCCCAAUGCCCCAUCACCACCACCACCACCAUCUCUGGAGGAGCCGGGGGUGGAGAUGCUGGCGUUCCCCAGCAGCCGGGCUCCAGAGAUGGGGGAGACCCCCACCGACACCCCCAUGGAGACGUCCCAGGAGAGCCCCGUCCUGCUCCCAGACCUGGAGCCGGCGCUCCCCCAGCCCGGCACGGCCACCGCAGCCCCGCAGGAGGACGCCACCGCCACGGCCGGCCCGGACACGGCCCAGUGGGCCGGGGAGGAAGAGGACGGGGACGAGGCGGCGCUGGGCCGGGCCGACAACGACACCGCCACCUUCUCGGCGGCCACCAUGCUGUCCGGCGACGGGGAGGCGGAGCCCGGCGCGCCCGCCUACAUGCAGCUGCUGGACGCCGACUCGGAGCUGGACUACCAGUACGACAUGGCCGACGGGGCUGACCUGCCGGGUGAUGAAGGCUCUGUGUUUAGCUUGGGGGCGGAUGCAUGUCCGUGUGUGGAGAAGGUUCAGGGCUCCUCCCUGCUGCCUGUGCAGGUGGAACGGAAGAUCACUCUACAGGCGCGCAACUUACACCUCUACCAGGACCGUGAGCUGGAGUAUGAGUGUGUCCUGGUCAUCGAGGGCCGGACAGUCAUGGUGGACGCUUACGUGGAGAGCGAUGACUCAGACCCGGAGGUGUUUGACAUCACCUGCCAGCUUCACAAGUACUCGUAUGCAGCUCCUGUGGAGGAGUACAACGCCAUGGUGUACGUCAAGAGGAGAAACACCUUUCACGUGGACAGUGCACAAGACCUCUACGUGACUCUGUACAACUGCUCGGUGGGCCGCUCAGACUGCAGCCGAUGCCACACGGCGGAGUCGCGCUACAGCUGUGUGUGGUGCGGCGGUGCCCACUCCAGGUGCGUCUACAGCGGCUCCUGCCACCAGUCCGUGGAGGACACCUGCCCCGCGCCCGUCAUCCAUUUCAUUGAGCCUCUCUCAGGGCUGGUCGAGGGCGGCACCGUGGUGUCCAUCACCGGCUCCAACCUGGGGCAGAAGGCGCAGGACAUCCAGGGCUCGGUCACUGUGGCCGGGGUGCCGUGCGAGGUCAUUCCCAACCUCUACGAGAUCUCCUCCAGGAUUGUGUGUCGGACCAAAGCCAGCGCGGAGGAGAAGUCGGGCCACGUGCUGGUGGAAGUCAGUGGCGGAGGCUUUGGUCUGUCCAGUCAGCUCUUCAGCUACCAGGACCCCCUGGUGAGUGAGGUGGCUCCUCGGCGUGGGCCCAUAGCGGGGGGCACGUCUCUGACGCUGUCAGGCCAGAACUUGCUGACGGGGCGGCCCAGUGACAUCAGCGUGCUGGUGGGCGCCGUGCCCUGCACCAUUGUGGGGAAUGUGCAGGAGGCCUCCAUAGAGUGUGUGACCAACAGCAGUGUUAGUGUCGGGGAGCACACGGUGACGGUGCGCUACGGCAACAGUGAGCGUCAUCUCCACGGCACCAAGUAUCACUACACACCCAACCCCAACAUCACACAAGCCUUCCCCGCCAAGAGCUUCCUCAGCGGUGGCCGAGUGAUCUAUGUGAACGGCCAUAACCUCGACGUGGUCCAGGAGCCUCGUAUGAUGGUCACCGUCUACCCUGCGGAGUCCGGCCAGGACAAGAAGAGGAAGAGGAGGAGCAGGAAGAGUGGCCGCACCGCCGCUCUCCUCGGCCCGGCCCCGGAGGACAGCCUGCUGGGGAGGCACAGACGGAUCGUCCCAGAACCCGACUGCCCCAAAGGCGUGCUCUGCUCGGCCAAAAAGUACGUGGAACGCUGUGAACCAAACACCACGUCGCAGCUCCUGUGCCGGACCCCGGCGGUGGACAUCUACGCCCUUGAUGGACAGGUGCAGGUGGAGUUCCUGCUGGACAACCUGCGCUUCGACUUCCAGGCCGUGAUGCAGACGCCCUUCGUGUACGAGCUCAACGCCACCCUGCGGCACCUGAACCAGCACGACCCCAGCAAGCCCUUCCGCUACAAGCCCGGCAGCGUCAUCUCCGUGGAGGGGGAGAAUUUGGACCUGGCCAUCUUUAAGGAGGAGGUGGUGGCGAUGAUCGGGGAGGGGGUGUGUGCGGUCAAGACCCUGACCCAGAACCACCUGUACUGUGAGCCGCCGCCCCAGCAGCCUCCUCCAGGCCCCGGCAGGAGACGGGACGGCGCCGACGCUCUACCGGAGUUCACCGUGCAAAUGGGCAACCUGAACUUUUCUUUGGGUCGAGUCCAGUACGACACACUCAGCCAGUCCACCUUCCCCCUGGAGGCCAAGAUCGGAGUGGGCGUGGGAGCCUCCAUUGUGGCCCUCAUCGUCUUCAUCAUUGUGCUCAUAUACAGGAGGAAGAGUAAACAGGCCCUGAGAGAUUAUAAGAAGGUUCAGAUCCAGCUGGAGAAUCUGGAGACCAGUGUGCGUGACCGCUGCAAGAAGGAGUUCACGGAUCUGAUGACGGAGAUGAUGGACAUGUCCAGUGACCUGGUGGGAUCGGGAAUCCCGUUCCUGGACUACCGGAGGUACGCGGAGCGGAUCUUCUUCCCGGGCCACCGCGAGUCGCCCCUGCGCCGAGACCUGGACGUGCAGGAGUGUCGCCGGGCAACCGUGGAGCAGGGCCUGGUGCAGCUCUCCAACCUGCUCAACAGCAAGCUCUUCCUCACCAAGUUCAUCCACACCCUGGAGAGCCAGCGGACGUUCUCGCCGCGGGACCGCGCCUACGUGGCCUCGCUGCUGACCGUGGCGCUGCACGGCAAGCUGGAGUACUUCACCGACAUCCUCAAAACACUCCUCAACGACCUGGUGGAGCAGUACGUGGCCAAGAACCCCAAACUCAUGCUGAGGAGGACGGAGACAGUGGUGGAGAAACUGCUGACCAACUGGAUGUCCAUCUGCCUCUACGCGUUCCUCCGGGAUUCGGCGGGCGAGUCUCUCUACAUGCUCUUCAGAGCCAUCAAGCACCAGGUGGACAAAGGGCCGGUGGACGCCGUCACGGGCAAAGCCAAGUACACCCUCAACGACAACCGGCUACUUCGGGAGGACCUGGAGUACCGCACCCUGACAGUGAAUGUAUUAAUGCAGGGCACAGGGACAAAUGAAGCCCAGACCGUCCCUGCUAAAGUCCUGGACUGUGACACCAUCACCCAGGUGAAAGAGAAGAUCCUGGACCAGGUCUACAAGAGCACAUCCUUCUCCCAACGACCCCACUCCGACUCCCUAGACCUGGAGUGGCGGUCAGGUGUGGCUGGCCACCUGAUCCUCUCCGAUGAGGACCUGACGUCUGUGGUGCAGGGCAACUGGAAGCGGCUCAACACACUGCAACAUUACAAGGUUCCAGAUGGAGCCAACAUGGCCUUGGUCCCACGGCACAGUAAACACAUUCACCAUGACAACCACGACUACGUGGCAGGAGAGAAGACCCCGAUGCUGGAGGACGCCGACGAGGGCGGCGUGCGGCUCUGGCACCUGGUCAAGGCCAGCGAGGAGCCCGAGCUGCCCAAGCACCGGAGGGGCAGCCUGAGGGAGCGGGAGAGGGCCAAGGCCAUCCCUGAGAUCUACCUCACACGCCUGCUCUCCAUGAAGGGAACACUCCAGAAGUUUGUGGACGAUUUGUUCACGGUGAUUCUCAGCACCAGCCGGCCGGUGCCUCUAGCCGUCAAGUACUUCUUCGACCUCCUGGAUGACCAGGCGGCGCACCACGGGAUCGCCGACUCCGAGACCAUCCACAUCUGGAAAACCAACAGUUUGCCACUGCGGUUCUGGAUCAACAUUGUGAAGAACCCUCAGUUCAUCUUUGACGUCCAGGCGUCGGACCAUGUGGACGCUGUGCUGUCGGUCAUCUCCCAGACCUUCAUGGACUCCUGCACCAUCGCCGAGCACAAACUGGGCAGGGACUCGCCCAUCAACAAACUGCUGUAUGCCAGAGAUAUCCCACGCUACAAGCAGAUGGUGGAGAGAUACUACGCUGAUAUCAGACAGACCAUCUCAGCGAGUGACCAGGAGAUGAACUCUGCCUUGGCUGAGCUUUCUAGGAAUUACUCAGGGGAGUUGAAUUACCUGGUGGCUCUCCAUGAGCUAUACAAGUAUAUCAACAAAUACUACGAUCAGAUUAUUGGAGCGUUGGAGGAGGACACCACGGCCCAGAAGAUGCAGCUGGGCUACAGGCUACAGCAGAUCGCUGCCGCCGUCGAAAACAAAGUGACCGACUUGUGACCGACCAGGAACAAGAGUGCGGGGAGCGUGGGAG